GGUCUGGGUUCUGAGAAGUUGGGCUGUGGUUCAAAAUGCUGUUGCUAGAGAGAAGGUUUCUAUGAGAUUAGCAGGAUUAGAUUUAUUAUUCAAUUCCUACAUAAAAGUGUCAAGUUUACUAUUGGGUUUGAGUAGGCACCAAGAAAAAGGGUGUAGUACUAAUAGUGUAUUUCAGGUCUGUACACCAUGCUAAGUGCUUAAUGUGUAUUAAGUCUUUUAAUUCUCAGAGUAUCCAAUAAUUUAGCUUCUAUUACUAUUAGUACCCUCAUUUUACAUAUGAGGACAUUAGGCCCCAGAGAAGCUAAAUAGCUUGCUCUAAGGUUACAGAGCUAGUAGAGGUAGAAUCACAGUUUCAUCUCUUGGUGUGACUCUGGAUCUAGACUUUGACUCCUGCUUUCAUUGAGAGAUGGUAUGGUGUUGUCAGUUCAUUAUGGAGUAUUUCAUAGUUUUCUUCUUCCAUACAUGCUUUCCAUACAAGUGUAAGCUACUGAUCCUGGUCUAUAGCUGUUAGUCUUACUGAUAUGUUCAUUGAGUUUUCCCAGGUAGGAAAGAAAUUACUUCAUAUGCUGCAGCUGUCAGAAAUCACUUUUAGAAGUUGAUUUAGAUCAGGUAAACCUAAUACAAAAGUAUUAAUGGAACUUUAAAAGUAUCUAUAGUUUAUUCAUUUAUUUAUUUUGUUUUUCAAGAUGGUGUUUCUCUGUGUGACCUUGGCUUGCGCUGUAGAACAGACUGACCUUGAACUCAGAAAUUAUCACCUCUGUCUCCGAGUGCUGGGAUUAAAGGUGUGAGCCACCACAACCCAGCUUUAGUUUUAAUAGAGACAGAAGGCUAAGAAAUCUUAAGUAACUAACAGGUAUUUCUGUUCUAAGACUUAUUUAGGACGCUUGGCUAUAAGUAGACGUCAGCUCAGGUGAUUCAUGGCAGGGGACGUGGAAGGUUUCUGUUCUUCCAUCCAUGACACCAGUGUCUCUGCUGGGUUCAGAGCACUGUAUGAGGAGGGAUUGCUUCUUGAUGUCACUCUGGUUAUUGAAGACCAUCAGUUCCAGGCCCAUAAAGCACUCUUGGCCACCCAGAGUGAUUACUUCAGAAUUAUGUUCACAGCAGACAUGAGAGAACGCGAUCAGGACAAAAUUCAUUUGAAAGGUCUAACAGCUACCGGUUUCAGCCAUGUUCUUCAAUUUAUGUAUUAUGGAACUAUAGAACUGAGUAUGAAUACUGUUCAUGAAAUCCUUCAGGCUGCAAUGUAUGUUCAGCUUAUAGAAGUGGUGAAGUUCUGCUGUUCUUUUCUGUUAGCCAAAAUCUGCUUAGAAAAUUGUGCAGAAAUUAUGAGACUCUUAGAUGAUUUCGGUGUUAACAUCGAGGGAGUCAGGGAGAAGCUGGACGCCUUUCUGCUAGACAACUUUGUGCCACUCAUGUCCAGGCCUGACUUCCUGUCCUAUCUGAGCUUUGAGAAGCUCAUGUCUUAUCUGGAUAAUGAUCAUCUGAGCAGGUUUCCAGAAAUAGAGCUGUACGAGGCUGUGCAGUCUUGGCUGCGACAUGAUAGACGACGAUGGAGACAUACAGAUACUAUCAUUCAGAACAUCAGGUUUUGUUUGAUGACUCCAUCCAGCGUUUUUGAGAAGGUUAAAACAUCAGAAUUUUAUAGAUACUCUCGACAGCUACGCUAUGAAGUUGACCAAGCACUCAGCUACUUCCAGAACAUUCACCAACAACCCUUGCUAGACAUGAAAUCAAGCCGUAUUCGUUCUGCCAAACCCCAAACUACAGUAUUCCGAGGAAUGAUUGGACAUAGCAUGGUUAACAGUAAAAUACUACUUCUGAAGAAACCAAGAGUCUGGUGGGAACUGGAGGGCCCCCAAGUACCUCUAAGGCCAGACUGCCUUGCUAUUGUCAAUAAUUUUGUAUUCCUGUUAGGUGGAGAAGAACUAGGCCCAGAUGGUGAAUUCCAUGCCUCUUCGAAAGUGUUCAGGUAUGAUCCAAGACAAAAUUCUUGGCUGCGCAUGGCAGACAUGUCUGUACCCCGUUCAGAAUUUGCUGUUGGUGUUAUUGGAAAGUUUAUUUAUGCUGUGGCAGGCAGAACAAGAGAUGAAACUUUCUACUCAACUGAGAGAUAUGAUAUCAUUAAUGAUAAAUGGGAAUUUGUAGAUCCUUAUCCAGUCAACAAAUAUGGACAUGAGGGGACAGUGCUCAAUAAUAAGUUGUUUAUCACUGGAGGAAUCACUUCAUCUUCCACAUCUAAACAAGUGUGUGUAUUUGACCCCAGUAAAGAAGGGACCAUAGAACAGCGGACCAGAAGAACUCAAGUGGUCACCAACUGCUGGGAGAAUAAGAGCAAGAUGAAUUAUGCCAGAUGCUUUCACAAGAUGAUAUCUUACAAUGGCAAGCUUUAUGUCUUCGGUGGUGUCUGUGUGAUCUUGAGGGCCUCUUUUGAAUCUCAGGGAUGCCCUUCCACAGAGGUGUACAACCCAGAUACUGAUCAGUGGACCAUCUUGGCAUCGAUGCCAAUUGGUAGAAGUGGCCAUGGUGUGACUGUACUGGACAAACAGAUAAUGGUCCUUGGAGGCCUUUGUUAUAAUGGUCAUUACAGUGAUUCUAUUCUCACCUUUGACCCAGAUGAAAAUAAGUGGAAGGAAGAUGAGUACCCUCGGAUGCCCUGCAAGCUAGAUGGUUUACAAGUAUGCAACCUACAUUUUCCGGACUAUGUACUAGAUGAGGUUAGACGUUGCAACUGAUGAAAUCUUUCUCCCUAAAAAAAGGAAAAGGCAAAUAAAGCAUUUGUGAUAAAGUAGUUUAAAAGCAUAAAGAAAAACCUCACCAGUUUUAUUAUCAAAGCCAUUGGUCUAAUAUUGUAAGUUUUCAUUCUGUGCUAGCAUCUUUCUUUUCCUUUCAGUGGCCUCAAACUCAUGCAAUAAGUUCAUUUAAAGCGCUAGCUCUUGAAACUACUUCCAAAAGCAGUUAAUACACUGCUCUACUUACCUGGGAAGUUGAUUUUCUGCUUUAAACAUUUCUUUCAGAUGUUAGUAUAGGAUUUGUGCAUCUUCUAAGAGAAGACCCAGUAAGUGUCACUGGAUGUGAUUUCAGUCCCUCUAGCUGAACUCUUUUUGGACAUUAUUUUAGUCCACUAUAUGUUUUGGUUUAUUAUUUAAAAGUAUAAAACUCUUGACCUUUGUGCAUGGCUUUUUGCUGAAAAUGCAAAAAUUUAAAUUUUCUACAAAAGUUUUUUAUAUCAGAACACUAUUUCUAAGCUGCCUUCUCUUAUCUGCAUUGUGUUAGUGAAAGCGUAUCCAUACUCACAUACAUCCUAUAAAUAUAUAAGGCACACCCCUUUUAUGCGUGGUUAGGAGUCUAUAUUUUUAAGCUAGUGCACUUGCACAUACAGUUUGCCAUACUUGUUGAAACUUAGGUGUAACGUCUUUAAUGUAUUAAUGUUUUUAGAAAGUUAAAAUAACUGGAGUACUCAUUUGGGAUCAAAGUAGUCUUUCUUCAGUCCAUACUGGUUCAGUAAAAUUUGCACUCAUAUUUCAGAAACAUGUAUGGAUUUUAAAAAAGUAAUGUUUUACAUUUUGUUUUCAAAGCUAAACGUUAAUAUUUCAUAUCAAUGUAUGUUUUAUCUCGUUUGAAAAUGUUUUUCUUUGCAGUCUGUUUGAUGUUGGUUACCCUGUUUUAGUGAUAAUCAGAGUGGUCUGUGUCAAGCUCUGACCCUGCAGCGUGCAAGCACUUUUAAAGAAAAGUUAGGUAAUGCCAUACUAAGUAAAAUCCCCUUAAAAGUAAGUACAAGUCCCAUUGUUUCUAUUCAGUAAGACUGCUGUAGGUGAUGAAUAGGGGGCAGCAACUCUUACACAGUUUGAGCUCAGUUUUGACUGCGAGGUGAGAAAUGAGCUAUAAUGUUACUGGUUAUAUCUGCUUGAUAGGUUUGUGCAAAGUAUUCAGUGGCACUAGUGAGAUAUGUCAACCCUCAACAUCUUUUUAGUUUCUGGAAGCUACUAGCAUGAAAGAUAGUCAACAGAAAGUUUGGAAUGACUCUUGAAUAGCUGUUUUAAAGGCAUUUAUAAUUAAUAGUUUAGGCUUAACUGCGUAUUUCAACUCUUCAAAUGCAAAGGAAGAAAAUAUAGCUGACAAAAUUAAGAGUGAUCUGUGAGUGGAUCAUUCAAAUUGAUGCCAUUUUCUCAUGAGCAGUCUGUAUCUGAUUAAAUCUUGCACUGGCAUAGCUUUCCAGAUCUGUGGAUUUUGGUGCAAUAUUGCAAUGCCUUCUAUAUGGCUGCCGUUAUAUAAAUUUUCUAGUUACUUUGUUUUGUUUUAUUUUUGCUGCUGGCACCAUUGAACAUAAAAUGCAAGUGUGAAAUAAUGGAAAUGUGAAGAUUUUGUUUUCUUUUCCCCCUUACUCCAUGCCGCGGUUCAUAGUGUGAAUAAGGCCUGAUUUCUCACAACUGUAAAUCCAGAGGUGUUUGAAUUUUAGAAAGUGUCAGGUACACUUUCUAAAGAAAACCGAUUUCUCUUCUUCCAGGAAUCAAAAUACUAGCUUCUUUUGUAUGUGAUCCUUCCAUUUAUAUUAGGUAGCCUUUCAUUUAUUUCUGAUUUCUGAAAAUAAAAGUUGAUAUUUGAGUUUCCAUUAGAAUGUGGGUAAAGGUUUUUUUAUUUUAAAAAUAAGUUUAAUAAUUUUGCUUUUGGAAACUAUAAAUUAGGUUAGCCAUCUAAUGUUUUUCUAAUAGAAGUUUAUGUGUGUUUGUUUAAAGAAAAUAAUGUCUUCAUUAUUUUUCUUGAUAUCUUUUGUUGGAAAUAGCCAAGAAAAGGAUAUCAGACAGGGUACCCAUAUCAAAGGCUUUACACUCCAGUGGCAGUUCUCUUAAUUGCUUUGACACAAUGUCAUUGAAUAUUCUUGGUCUUCCAUUUUGAAGAUACAAGGCCAAGGUCAACGAUUGUCUCAGAAAAUUCAUGAAAUCGUAACUUGAACUAAUUCUGGGUUCAGCUUCACGUAAGUCAUGUGUGACUAUAAUCUUAGCAGUAAUCAGUUUUGAGCUUUAAAACUAGUUGCUAUUGCUUGGGUUUUGAAUGUAUGAGGAAACUGUAGUUCUAAUUUAGAUUAUAAAUCCACAAUAACUUACAUUCCCUUUUAAAAUUAUGGUUUAAUAGCUGCAAGAGAUUUAUUUUUGUUAUACUAAACUAUGAAAAAUUUUUCAUAGAGUUUCCAAGCUUUUUUGUGCUUCAUUUGGAACCGCUUUGUCUGUAUAUGAACAAGACUGUCAUUCUGAGAAAAAACUCAGUAAGUGGUUUGAAGCUAUAUGGUUUAACUGUUAGAAUCUUUAAAUGUGUCAUCUUCCACUUUACAUUUUAAGUAUUAGACUUCACAAAAAAUAGUCAAUUUUCUUUAAUUGCAUUUUAGUUGGCACCACUUAUUUUCUUAACGUGUCUUGGACAUUCUAAGUUGUGACGUUAAAGAAAAUCCUUGCACUACAGCCUUUUCAUAAAAUACAAGAUUCUCAUGUUGAAGGUUUUGUAUUAGAAGAAAUGCUACUGGUUUCUAAAAGGCAAAGCAUUAUAGAAUGGUUAACUUUUCUUGAUAGCGUUUUCUGUGUUCUCAUUGUUCUACCUUGUGUGAAUGUUACUCUAAUUGUGAAAUACUUACUGAGCCUUUCUCGCAUCUCUUUUAAAGCAGCACCUUUGGACACCUCAUUCUGGGAAGCUUGCUUGAGACACAGUAAAGGACACACACACUUGUGUGGGGAAGAAGUGGUAAAAUGGAGAGUUUUGUCUUAAUUACAUGAAACUAAGCUUUAAAAUAUUUUAUAACAAAUUAUUUGAGCUGCAUAAUCUAAACAUGUCAAACGUUUUGUGGGACUAUUUUUAUAUAUGUAUAUGUGGGUGUAGGUCAUAACAUUUCAGUUUAUAAUAUAAAUCGUUAUUUCAGUUUAUAAGCUAUCUCUCAGAAGAAACUAGCUCUUUUGAGAAUCCAUAAUUUAAAGUUUCAGACUGAAGUAAAACCACAUAGACAAUAGUGUAAAUUAGACAUAACCGAGGGCUAUAUGGCAGUGAAACUGCUAGUGCCAGUUUUCUUGUUUGUGUUUUUGUUGUUUAGUUUGGUACUCUGAACAUUUUUGAGAGACCAUACAUGUGUGUAGCUACAUUUAGAGUCGGUUUGGGAAUAAAUAUCUUCUAAAAAGAGAUUUAUCUUAAAAAUUAAAGUCCUAAAAUAGUUUAUUGAGAGUUUAUUACUUCAAAUACCCCAUAGGCAUGGACUGGAAUAGAUAAUCCAUGGAAAUCCCAUCCUUUCACUAUAGUAGUAUAAUUCCCAAUAUCAUGUGAGUAACAUUGAGAAUGCUGUAGCUCUGUUUCCUCUUAAAAUUCUUAGGUUUGCUUUUGGCUUCUUUGGGAACAAGUGCAUUAAAAGUUACUAAUCAGUAUCUCAAUAAGGAUUGGGUGUUUGCUUUCUGAAGGAAUGUUCCUAAGAGGUGAUCAGAGAGGUUCUUUUCUACCUAACUUGUGCAUGCCCUAUACUCUUGGGCAUGCUUUGUCUAUAGAAAAAAUAUUUCAACCUUUAGGUACUUUUGGGGCCAGUAGUCAAAUAAUCCUAGGGCCGAUAGUAAAAUCGUAGAAUAAUUUAAGGUCUGCCUUUUAUAUCUGUUUUAAAAGCCUUUACAUUUUUUUGUCAGGUAAUUUUUCCCAAGCCGUGGAUAUAAUCUAUUCAACAUGUUUAUGCUAUCCAUUCUGUUUUUAAAUUGAAAAAAAGUUAAAAGUGUUUAUGAAGAAAAGUUUAAAUAAAAUAUUUUUAAUCUUUAAAAUUAUGUCUUUAUCUGAUUAUUUAGUCUUUAAUCCUUCAUAUUCAAGUCACUAAUAACUUAAUAAAUAGUAUACUUUGUUACCCUUCAACAUGACAAGAAAAGUGUGAUUUCUUCCAAUAUUUUUAGCAGAAUAUUAAAAUGAGAUCAUUAAAGCAAAAUUACUUAUAUUCUUCUAUGCAUUGAAAAUGAUAUAACAAAGCCGAAUAAUUAAAGGUCCACUAACAAAACUUUUUCAGUUUUAGAAAAUAGAACUACUACAACCAGAAAAGGCAUAUAUGGUCAUCAACUUCAGUUGGUAAGCUUUAAGUUUUCUCUGGCAUUUCUUUCAUUGUUCUUAAAGGUAUUCCUUCGCUUAGAAAGUGGCAGAAGUCUUGGCUAUGUGUACAUGCAUACAUACAUAUACCUUCUUUCACACGAAGUCCUAAGAAACCUCAGCAGGAUCCCAAAGGACCUGACUCACUCAGAUAAUUUUCCAGCUUUUCUCUCCAUCCCUUCCCACACUGUGUUCUUCUGUCCUUCCUACAUUCUUUCAUCUUUUGGUGUAUUCGUUUCUAGCCUCUUGUCUUUCCCUUUCCCUGUCAGUCCACUUAAUUUAUGAAGCCCAGCUUAGACGCUCCUGUGCUGGUUGAAGGAGAUGUCUCCCAAUAAUCUAGGGCAUUUGACCACUAGAUCCCUAGGGAAGGCUUGGGUAUGUGGUCUUGUUGGAGAAGUAUGUCAGUGGUGGCAGGCUUUGAGGUUUCAAAAGACAUGCUGUUUUGAAUGAGCCUUCUGUUUCCUGCUUGUAGACAGAGAUGGGAGCCCUCAGCUUCUGCUCCACCCACAUGCCUGCUACUUCUGCUCUGCCAUCAUGGACUCUAAUCCUCUGGGACUGUCUUUGGUCAUGGUAUUUUAUCACAGCAAUAGAAAAAUAGUACCCCCCCAAACUUGUAUUUCUACCCAGUGAAUUAGUUGCCUCUUGUAUGCCCCCCUCAUUUGUAUCUCUUGAUUUCAUUCAUUUUGCACAAUAACGUAGUACAGAAUUCUUUCUCCGUAGCUAGAUGAUAAUUUCCUUGGGAACAGACACCAUUUCUUACUGCCUUGAAUGAAAAGACCCUCAGGGCUAGCCUGUUACUAUGUUCACAGUAAAUCCCAAGCAUGGCAGAUUCCAUUGUAGGUUAUAGGCAAGUGCUGUAGGGAGUUAGAUGAGUGAGAGGUUAUAGUUCCUGGGAUUUUAGCUCUGCUUUCUGUAUCUACACUCUUCCUACAUAAUCUUAGCCACACCUAUAGCUUCCCUUCAGACUUUAGUUCUGCCAUCCAGCAAGUCCACAUUUCUCAACUCAGGGUUCCAGCCAGCUCUUGAACAUUCCUCAGUGUUACAGUGGCAUAGUAAACUGAACAUAUUUAUCUCCUGUAUUAGUUACUUUUUGUUGCUGUGAUCAAGUACCAUAACCAAAAGCAGCUUAAGUUAUUUUGGCUUAUGCUUCCAGAAGAAUGAGAGUCCAUGAUAGCAAAGGGCCAUGGCAGCAAGAAGGGUCGUGGUGGUAGUAGCAGGAAGAGCUCACAUCCUCAGAUGCAAGCCUGAAGUAGAAGAGAGCAAAUUAGAAGUAGGAUAGGCGUUUUACUCUUAAAGCCCACCCCGGGAGCAAUUAAUUCCUCCAGUAAGGCCAUGUCUCCUAACUUCCCCAAACAGCACCACCAACUGAGAACCAAGUGUUCAAAUGCCUGAGACUGGGGGACAUAUGUUUUUCAAAUUACUGCAUCCUUUCUUUUCACAUCUGGCACACGGUUUUGAGUUCAAGGCAGAAAUCUGCAUUGUCCUUACCCAACAUGUGAGUUGAGGUUUUUUUUUUUUUUAGACAGUCUCAAUAUGUAUCUUAGGCUGACCUUGAACUCUGGGUGAUUCUACCUCAGCCUUCCUAGUGUAGAGAAUACAGGUCUGUCGUCACACUGGUCUUUUGCCACUUUCAACUCUCAGCCACCAUCUUAAGCCAUACUUGUCUAGUCCAAGCCUGUUUCAUUGCAGCCUGGUUCCUACUAGACUUCUGAAUUAUCUUUGUGAUCAGUUCCAUAUUCUGUUUUAUACACUGCUGCCAGAGAGAGCUCUCUAAAGCUAAACUGACCCUGAACUUGAACAUUCUUCCAUAAUUGCCCUUCAUCUUGAGAGUAAGGUCCUAACUCAUUGGUGUGCCAUGUAAUCCCUUUUGUCUUUCUGACCUGCCCUCCCUGUUGGGGAUGGAAGCUUGCACCUGCUAGACAACACCUCUACGACUGAGCUUCACCCCCAACUUCCUGGUCAGUGUCUUACAUCCUAUAUGGCUUUCUGAAUAGGCCAUGCUUUCGGAAGCCUCAUUGCCUUUCUACCCACACCCCUCGUCACAUCCUCUUUUAGCUCAUCCUUUCUUGGCUUUCAUAAACCAGUCUUGGUAACACAUUUUCUUGUUUUAAACCUUUUACCCUUCAGUCUUAAUAAUAGCACCUUGUGGAUAUCUAUCUACACCUCACCUCUUCUGAUACGUGAUAACUGCUUUCUCCACUGUACCCUUAACUGUACACUAAGGACAGAUACUGUCCUUUUUUUGUCUUCCAAGGAUCUGACUUAAUAUCUGGCACAUGGUAUGUCCUCAAUAAAAAUAGAACCCAGAAAACUGGAGGAGUACCAACACAAUGCUCCCAUUGAGGAGGGAGACUUGUAUUAGAGAGCUUGUCUGCCAAGAUUGACUUCCCUGAGGGCUUCCCUCCAUUCAUUUCUACUACCACUGCUCUCAUGUCUGGAAGGCUGAUGUGUGUAUAGUUGUCAUAGUUGUCAACAAAUGCUUCCCUUGACAUCUCAGUAUUCUUGAUUCAGGCCAAAAAUACCUAGUAAAACAGACCAAAAGGUGCUUGGCAGCACAUCAGUCUCACAAAAUGUGGGGUAAGAAAAUGUUCACUGGAUACCAUUCUUCUUUCUUAGAGAAACAUCUUAUUAGGUUAACAUUUUAAUUACUAAAGGCUCUGAGAAGUUCACUUGACUCAUUCUGAUUUUUGUUUAUAUUCAUAUAAACUAAAUGUUUGAUCACAGUAUACUCUUAAAAAGUCUAGUUAAGGGACUGGAGUAAAGGGACUGGACUUAAGGGCACUUGUUCUUGCAGAGGACUUGGGUUUGAUUUCCAGCACCCACAUGGUGGAUCACAGUCAUCUAUAACUCCAGUUGUAGGUUACACAUGCUACACAGAUAUAGAUGCAAGAAAAAUAGUCAUAUGCAUAAAUCCUUUUUAAAAAAUUUAAGCUUAGCUGUAGAACUACAAAGAAAAUGAGUAUAAUCUUUAGUGUAGGCACUCUGCUUAAUAAAGUAGGACUACUCCCUGCAGGCCCAGUCGAAUUCUAGGUUGUGACACCAAUGUUUGGCCAAGAUGACACCAUGUUGAGGGUUUCACUUCACAAGGAGGGUCCUACCUUCCUCUAGGAGAAGAAUUUGUAUAAUUAAUUUGUACAACUUGCAAGGAGUAGGACUUCCAGGAGCUAAGUUAAUCCUCUCCCCAAAAAGCUGCUACAAUGAAUGUGUGUUAAAAAUUUAAGUCCCUCCCAUAAAAUUGUAUUAGAAGCAAAUUCCUAGGACUUUAAAUUUCUUUGAAAAUAUUUUUAAUGAUUGUUUGAUGUUCUGAAAUAUAUACUGUAAUUUACAGUAUAAUGUAAGAUGGCUCAGCUGGGAAACACUUGCUGGCAGCCUGAGUUCAAUCCCUGGGUCUCACAUGGUGACAAGAACUAAUUACACAAGUUGUCCUUUAACUUUACAGGUAUACCAUGAUAUGUGUACCAUGGCACAUGCACACCCCCACACAAAUGUCAUAAAUUUAAAGUUCUUUUGAUUUCUGUCUAUACUUACAGCAUCCUAACUUCUAAGUAGUUCCCUAAAGUAGUUUUCUGAAGAUGGAAUACAAAACAUACUACACUAUUUACUUAUUUUUGCAGUGAUGGGAAUCAAACUUAGGGCCUUAGGUGUACCAAGUAAGAGUUCUAGCACUGGACCAUAUCUUUAUGGUCCAGAAGGAACUCAAAGUCCCUCACAAAUAUUGCUGGAUUUGGGUCCAGAAAAUUGUAGAGCAUUAUAUGUGUAUUAGUAUUGGAUCUGACUUGACUGCUAUAUCCUCACUGGUACUGAGUGCUAUAGUUCAAAAAGAAAUAAUCAGAUACCAAAUAGAUGAAAUUUAUAUUUUAAUUCUGAUUCUAGUUUCAUUCCCCAACUCUGUCCCUCCCUCCCUCCACCUCUCUUUUGAGACAGUGUCUCUCUGUGUAGACCUGAUGGCCUCAAAUUCAUAGAGAUCUGCCUGCCUCUGUGUCCUGAGUGCCGGGAUUAAAGGCGUAAUGUCAGGUUCAGGGAGAGGGCAACUGUGGUGAUCUCAGUUACUUAACAAUCUGAGACAUCAGGACUGCAUGUUCAAGGCCUGCCUGGGCAAUAUAGUGAGAUCCUUUCUCAAAACACAAAAAGGACUGGGGUCGUAGCUCAGAGGUAAAGCACUUGCCUAGCAUGAGUAAGGACUUAAGGUUCAGUUCCCAUUAACACACCUGCCACCACAACCCAAGUAAGAUCCACUUUGCUAAUGAGGGAGUGUAAGUAACAACAAGAAAUCACUGAAAAUAAAAAGUGCUAGAUUGCAAAAGCCACCUGUUGUGGGGGUGUGAGGGUUUUAAUUGCCAUUGAGGAAGAUGAGGACCAGUUUCAUGGAAGAAUUGACUCUACUUGGUCAUACAGGACUGACUUUUCACUAGGUCAUGCAGAUUAAAUAGGAUUUCUCAACAGGAAAGAUAACGGAAAAGGGGCUGCCAAGGGAGGAAAGAGAAACAUGCGUAGGGAGGUCAGACAAGGCAAGAAGCUCUGAUAAAGCAUGCGCCUGACCCUAUUGUGUUUUAUCCUGCUUGGUGAACAUUUCAGACUGUGACUCUGAUGGAUUCUACUGCUGGCAGAAAUAACAUGAGACAAUGCCUUGCAAAAUUUGUUCUGAAUGAAAAAAAAUGUCUGGGCUCAUUUUAACUCAAGUGUUUAAGAAUUUAAAAAUAAAUGACAAUGGGAAAUAUUACUGAGUUGGUAAAAAAAAACACAAUAAAACUGACAAUACAAGGAUAUAGCCAAGAUACAUUGUAAAUGUAUAAAACUUUCAAAUAAUAAAAAUUAAAAUAUACAGUGGCAAAACUA